GCAGCAGCUCGGUAGUAGCUGCUAGGCUAGCUGCUUCACUUAAUCUGUCAACCAGCAGCUCAAAGCGGACACACACAGCUGGGCUCUGCACUCUCCUUUCACAGCUGAAGAAGACCCUCUGAUGUGAUUUCAACUUGGCGCUUUUAAUCAAGGACAGACCGUGCUGCCACAGAAGAUAUGCUGUCACCGUGCUCCUGAGAGAAGAAUGACAUUUGUCUCAUUUUAAUUCCUGGAGCUGCUUCGGGCAGAGUUGAGGCUUGAUUAAAAAGCCUGCUGCUCUCAGCCGAGUUGGUCUUUUUCUUAGCCUGUUUCUUUGCUCUGCCGCAGCCUAGCAUGCAAACUGUUAUGGCACUGGAGGCCAACUGAGUUAAGAGGAACUCUAUGGCAGUACUGGAGGAUUAAACACUGCCGUGGGAGUGGGGACUGGUUCACAAGAGCAGGCCCACAGUAACACACAUCAUGCUGCAGGGACACUAGGUUCCCUGUUUGAGCCCCCUCUGUGUGGUGCUUGUUUUUUUCUUUUUCUUUUCCUGCAAUCUCAUUGAUUUGGAUGGUUGAGCACAAGGGCUACUUUGAAGAAGCCCACCGGUGGCUGUGGUUUGGCCAAAGCUGACAGACCGACUGCCAGCUAUUGCUGAUUUAGUACCCCUGUCCACUGCUACCCCUGCUGCCCCCUGUGCUGUGGUCUCCAGUAUGGUGAGUGGAAGCUGUAGCUGUAGGCAUCGCAGAUGUGGAGCUGAGCCAUUGAUACCAGCGUAGCUGCUUACUUUUCUUAUUUUUUGCUCUGUGGAUGGUUGCCUUCCAUUUUUCAAGGACCUUUUUUGUUUGUGUGUGUUGAAAAAAAAAGAGACCACAGCCAAGGUCAUUUUCUUAAAUUUAAACUCCGGAAAGAAGAUUGCUCCAGAGGAGGAUGAAGCUGAGGAAACAGGUGACAGUGUGUGGAGGGGCCAUAUUCUGUGUGGCUGUAUUCUCACUGUAUCUGAUGUUGGAUCGAGUCCAACAUGACCCUGCAAGGCGACAGAAUGGCGGGAACUUUCCACGGAGCCAAAUCUCAGUCCUGCAGAACCGGAUAGAGCAGCUGGAGCAGCUCCUGGAGGAGAACCACCAAAUCAUCAGCCACAUAAAGGACUCUGUGAUGGAGCUCACAGACACAGGAGCUGUGUCUCCCAGUGGCCACCUGCCCUUCAGGAGUGCCAAUGGUUCCUGGGUCCUACCCUUCGAUGGCCGCCCCACUUUCCUUGCUGUCAAGCCCCAGGACUGCCAGUUUGCAUUAGGCAGCCGUGAUCAAGCAGACGUUCAGAUGGUGGAUGUGUACUCCCUCCUGAAGUUUGACAACCCUGAUGGCGGUGUGUGGAAACAGGGCUUCGAAAUAACUUAUGACCCUGAAGAGUGGGACACUGAACCACUGCAAGUAUUUGUGGUCCCCCACUCCCACAAUGAUCCAGGUUGGAUCAAGACCUUUGACAAGUACUUCACAGACCAGACACAACACAUUUUAAACAACAUGGUGGUGAAGCUGGCUGAGGAUCCGCGCAGGAAGUUCAUCUGGUCUGAGAUUUCAUUCUUCUCCAAGUGGUGGGAGACUGCAGACAUACACAAGCAGGAGGCUGUGCGCAAACUGAUCCUUGGAGGACAACUAGAGAUUGUGACAGGAGGCUGGGUGAUGACAGAUGAAGCCAACGUUCACUACUUCGCUAUGAUAGACCAACUCAUUGAAGGACAUCAGUGGCUAGAGAGAAAUCUAGGUAUAACUCCUCGCAGUGGGUGGGCGGUAGACCCUUUUGGUCACAGUGCCACAAUGCCCUAUCUGCUGAAGAAGGCCAACCUGACCAGCAUGCUCAUCCAGAGGGUCCACUACUCCAUCAAAAAACACUUUGCCUCCACCCGCAGCCUGGAGUUUAUGUGGAGGCAGGCUUGGGAUUCCAGCUCAAGCUCAGACAUAUUUUGCCACAUGAUGCCAUUCUACAGCUAUGAUGUGCCUCACACCUGCGGGCCUGACCCAAAGGUCUGCUGCCAAUUUGACUUCAAGAGAUUACCUGGGGGUCGGAUAAACUGCCCGUGGAAAGUCCCACCGAAAACUGUGGUGGAGGCGAAUGUAGCUGAGAGGGCAAACCUGCUCCUGGAUCAGUACCGUAAAAAGUCCAAAUUGUACCGCAGCAAGGUCCUUCUUGUCCCUCUGGGGGACGACUUCCGCUAUGACAAGGCCCUGGAGUGGGAUCAGCAGUACGUUAACUACCAGAAAAUGUUUGACUACAUGAAUUCUCACCCGGAGUUACAUGUACAGGCACAGUUUGGGACUCUCUCAGACUACUUCAAUGCAGUAUACAAAGCACAUGGAGUGGCCCAGGGAGUCAGACCUGCAGAAUUCCCAGUGCUGAGUGGAGAUUUCUUUGCCUAUGCAGACCGCGAAGACCACUACUGGACUGGCUAUUUCACAUCUCGGCCCUUUUACAAGAGCCUGGAUCGUGUUAUCGAGUCACACCUCAGGGGGGCAGAGAUCCUCUACAGCCUGGCAGUAGCCAAUGCUCGACAUGCAGGCAUGGAAGGACGCUACCCAGUCUCAGAUUAUGCCCUGCUUGUAGAUGCAAGGCGCUCUGUUGCCCUCUUCCAGCAUCAUGAUGCUAUCACUGGCACAGCGAAGGAGAAUGUUGUCAUUGACUAUGGCACCAGAUUACUGCGUUCACUCAUCGGUCUGAAGAGAGUAAUCAUCAAUGCUGCUCAUUUCCUGGUGAUGAAGAACAAAGAGUUUUAUCGUUUCUACCAGACCGAGCCUUUCCUGGAGACGGAUGACAGGCGAGCUACUCAAGACACCCUGCCUCAGCGCACUUUAAUCGAGCUGGACCCAGCAGGGCCGAGGUACCUAGUACUGUUCAAUCCCAUUGAGCAGGAACGACUGUGUGUGGUGACUGUGUUGGUGAAUACGGUCAAGGUGAGGGUGCUCACUGAGGAUGGACAGACCCUCCCUGUGCAGCUGAGUGCUCAGUGGAGCUCUGCAAGUCAAAUGAGUGCAGAAGUAUUUGAGGCGACAUUCAUGGUGCGUCUGCCACCUGUGGGUCUAGCUGUGUUCCAUCUUUAUGACUCUCCUGAUUCGCCCAUGACGCUCCGCUCCGACACUCUUCUCAGGCUGUCUGGACGGUCCGCCACCGCCCGGGCCGUGGACCCACUGCCUGUCCGCUCUCAGCAGGCAGACCCUCAGACCUUCUACAUCAGCAGCCAGUCUCUCACACUGGGCUUCUCUGGCACUACUGGCCUGCUGGAGAGUAUCAAGCGCAAGGAUGAUCCUCAAGAAGUGAAGGUUCAGAUGCAGUUUGUGGUUUAUGGCACUCGUCCCUCGAAAGACAAAAGCGGGGCUUACCUCUUCUUACCCGACGGCAAGGCAAAGCCCUACAACCAGAAAGAGCCACCUGUGGUGCGUGUUGUUGAGGGCCCUCUCUUCUCUGAGGUGGUGGCACACUACCAGCAUUUUCAGCAGGCCAUUCGUAUACACAAUGUGCCAGGUGUGGAUGGCUUGUCUGUAGACAUCAGCACCAUGGUGGACAUCAGAGAUCAGACUAAUAAGGAGCUGGCAAUGCGACUGGUUACUGACAUCCAGAGUGGAGACGUCUUCUACACAGACCUGAACGGCUUCCAGAUGCAGCCUCGUCGCCACUACCUAAAGCUCCCUUUGCAGGCCAACUUCUAUCCCAUGCCCAGCCAGGCGUACAUCCAGGACAGCAAUCACCGCCUCACACUCCACACAGCUCAGUCUCUGGGUGUCAGCAGCCUGGAGAGCGGCCAGCUGGAAGUGAUUAUGGACCGGCGACUGAUGCAGGAUGAUAAUCGCGGGCUGGGUCAGGGCCUGAAGGACAACAAGAAGACAGCCAACCGCUUCAGACUGCUGCUGGAGAGGAGAUCCAUGGGCAACAAGAUGAUGGACAGUGCAACAACUAGCUUCCCGUCGAUACUGAGUCACAUGACAAACGCCGUCCUGAACCACGAAGUCUUGGCGCUGCCCGUCCUGCCAAAAAGGCGCGGCAUCCCUCCUCUGCAAACCUUUGCCCCCCUCAAGUCCAUCCUUCCUUGCGACUUCCGCCUGGUAAACCUGCGCAGCAUCCAGAACCAGCAGGACCCCCACACUCCGUCUUCAUACACAGCAUUAAUCCUGCACCGCCUUGGGCUGGACUGUGGUCUGGAGGCUCAGAACCUUGGCUUCAACUGCACCACCACACAAGGACAGCUGAGUGUAUCAGGAGUUUUCAAGAACCUGGACCUGCAGCUGCUCCAGCCCAUGUCUCUCACUCUGAUGCACGCUGGCACACCCCUCUCCAACGACUCCACCAUCAGCCUGGAUCCCAUGGAGAUCUCCGCCUUCAAGCUCAAACUGCGCUAAGAGCCAUCCUGACUUUAAAAAAAAAAAAAGGCAAUAAGAACCCACCAUUCUCCUUGGACCAAGAACCAGACCUACGCUGGCCACAGGCUGGCACAGAGGGGUCCGAGGGAUCUUUCUGUUUUGUCAAGCGUACAUGCAGAACCACAAACACUAUAGCCUCGGAGAGGAAGGGUCCACUGUAACAGGAUGGACUGCACAGCAGGGGGCAGGCAAUAGCUGUUACCGUGGACGACUCCGACAGAGCAGCAAACCCGGGUGAACUCGCAGCUGUUCCAAAACAACAAAGACUGCCACGAUCAUCAGAUACAAACCGGGUGUCUGUUUACUCUGCCAUGGAAAAAUUAAAUCUCAUUUAGUUCUGCUUUGUAAGAACUUUUUCUAUCUUUGCUCCAUCCUGGACUGAACUACUGAAUGUAAAUAUCCCAUAUGAUGGGGAGGGGAGCGGCCAGGGACUCGUGCCACAUCAGAGUGCAAUUUAAAGAGCUUUAUUUGAUGUAUGGGUUUUUAAUUUUCUAUGUACGCAGUGAAGAAGACACACAUCACAGCGAUUUUUUUUGUUUUUUGUUUUUGUACCUAUCAAUGUAAAAAUGACUGCACUUAAUUGUUUUGUUUUUUUCUGACAGACUCGAAUGCAGCACAGUGAAUGUGCAGUCUCUUCAUCUCAACUCCUUUGGAGACCCGAGCUGUGGCUUUAUAAGCUAUCGAAUCUCUGAGUCAAAGAGUCCCAUGUCGGUCACUGCGUGAUAACAAUGUGAUCAUAAAUCAUAUCGGAUGACUGUUUAUCCUCUGUCCACCUUUUUUGCUUGUAGAUAGUCUGAAUACUUUCUUUUCCUCCCAUCUUUUUAUGCUCCCCCUCCUCCUCCCCCCCCGAGAGCUUCCGCUUUGCUGAUGAGAACACUGUGGAGGGUCUGCAUUUCAAAGCCCCUGUCCAUCAUUCCUGUGCUUGAACUUCACUGCUGAGAGGGCAUUUUUGUUGCUGUACGCAGUAGAAGGUUAGAUGAAGACUAUACCUCAUAUAUACCAUGUGGCAGAUAUAUUGGUAUGUGUGUGUUUGUAGAGUAUGUUGAUGUGAAUACUAGAAAGGGUUUUUUUUUUUUUUUUUUUUUAAUUGUUAAGGGUGUAUCAAGGUUUCAUUGUACACUAUCAGGGACCAUUCAUAGUACUGUUAGGUGUUAUUCGAUCAGUCUGGGUGUUGGUGUCGAACCGUGGGUCUUAUCAUUGCACAAAUAAGGGGUUUCCCAUUAAAGAUCAGAAGGUAAAGGGUCAUUUCACACAAAUUACAAAAGUAUAGUGUAAUGUGGACAUGAAGAUAGUUUUGAGAUCUAUCCAGGGCUCCAGUUUGGGAUUAUUUUCAGUAUUGAUUCACUGUUAAAUUCAUACAAUGUUGAAAAAUUACUGGAGCUCAAGGUGCUGUCUUUUGUUUGCUAUAAAUAAAAAAAAUCAGAACUCAAAGAUAUUUGAUUCAUAAAGAGAUGAAACUGAAAAGUAGAACAUGCUCACAUUUGAAAAAUGAUCGACCACAAAUCAAAUGACUGCUCAUCAAAAUAGUUAAUUUUCUGUCAGCUGACUUUAAUUAGGACUGUCACUAACAGUUAUUUUCAUCAUUGGUUAAUCUGUCAGUUAUUGUCUUGAUUAAUCAACUCGGCUUUAAAAUAUGAAUUGAAGUUUGGGUGAACUGACCCUUUUUAAAAAACAAACCAAAAAAAAAAAAACUGAGCUGGCUCAAACCAUACACAGAAAUCCUCAACACACACCCACACACACACAAAAAGGUUUCUUCAAAUGAGCUGCAGUUCUUCUCCGCAGUGCUUCUUAUCUCGUGGCACUCAGCCUUCUCUGGUGCAUAUCUGCCUUCACACAGCUGUGGAGGAUGUUGUCAUCUGUGUCCGACACCGAGGCCGGACAUCUCACAGCCCACCUGUGACACACUUUGUACUGCCCCACUGUGUCAUUAUUCAUCUUCCACAUGAGGUCUACUGCCCCGUUGCACUCCUCCUCUGGCCUGAUGUCUGGUCUGCCAUCGCUCAACACUUUCUGUUCUCUCUCUCUCACCUCCAGCUGUUCUAAAGACCAGACUUCACUGCAUCUUGAAUUGCACUUUUUCCACUUGUCUUGUUAUAACCUUCACACCUUCUCUUCCUGCUGUCUUUGUUGUGCGUCUGAAUUCUCUGUAUUAUUGUCUCUUUUUUUUUUUCUUUUGUGUGAUAUCUGAUGUAGCUCUGUUUUUUCCCCCCGUUUGUUCAGAGGUAAUAUAUG